GACAGAGGCUGAGCGGUGCGAGACGGACGGACGCGAGCGCAGUAGUCACUGGACAGUCUCAGUAGAUAGAUGUGUAGCAUGGAUCAGCGGAGAAAAAUACUUUUAUAUUUAUCAAUUUGCGAUGAAGAAAUGGAGGCAGAGAAUAUAAAAUUUAUUUCUGCUCUUUUGACACACAGUAGACGUCACAGAUUUUAGAUACGUAACCAUAUAAAAUUUCAUCGACAACAUGGAGAAUUUUUUUACUUUUUUUGCGACGGCUGAUGAUGAAACAUUUGAAAAUUCUUAUCGGGUGUCUAGAAAUACCUUUGAAAUAUUAUUCAAUUUAAUUGAGAAUAUUAUCAAGAAGAAUGACACUCACUUCAGAGACUGUAUCUCAGCUAAGGAAAGAUUCGCGAUAUGUUUGAAGUUUCCUAAAUGCCCAAACAUGAAAGAAAUAUGGAUUAAUGCCACAAAACGAUCAGAUGAUUGGUUUCCUUCUCCAAGCAGUGUUGUAUGUUCUCGGCACUUUAAGUCAGAAUAUUUUAAAUUAACGAAAGGGAAUAGGCGAAUUUUAUCUACAAAUGCCGUUCCUACGCUGCACCUUCCAACAGUGAUACCUGGGGACGGAACGGUUGCUCAAAGUCCAAAUACAUUUUCCGAAGUUGCAAAAGUGACACAGACCUUACCAACAGCAGAGAUAUGUCAUGAAGCAUCGCAAUAUCAAAGCUCCGUUACAAUGAACAUGGAAGUAGAAGCGGCUGUGCUACCUAUGCCUUUGACAGAGGUAAGGUUCCAAGCCACUCUUUAUUCAGUUUUUAAUCUGUAAAAUGUUACUUAUAAGUACUUAUAAACCUAAACUUUCAUAUUUGCAGACCAUUGUACAAGCAACAACGGAUUAUGCAUUUUCUUCCACAUCGAAUCAAACUACUAUAAGCUGCAACAUUCGACCAAACCAGAACACUGAAGACUGUUUAGAAACAAUUUCGAAUUUCAGUACUCCUCGAAAAAAGCGUCUUCGCAUAACUAUAGCUGACCUUUCGCAAAAACUUAAACAGUCGAAAAUUAAAGUAAAACGUUUACAAAGUACCGCACGUAAAAAAAAGAUUAUCUCAUUGAAAUCGCUUCUAAAGGAACUACAGGAUAAACAGUUAGUCACUGACGAACAUACAUCUAUCUUGGAACAUAUCGGAGUACAGAGUUCAGAAAUCCUGAAACGUCAAGUAGGAAAUUCAAAGUCGGGCAAAAUAAGUCGAACAAAAUAUUCUCCUCAACUGCGAUCGUUUGCACUUACCUACAUUAAAUUUUUAUUCGGCUAAAGCCUAUCAAUACGUUCGAAAAACUUUUAAUACGUGUUUGCCGCAUCCAAAAACAUUAUCGAAGUGGUAUCAAACUGUCGAUGGUCGCCCUGGUUUCACCAAAGAAGCCUUUAAUGCCCUUAAAAUGAAAUCUGAACAAUUAAAGCAAAAAUUGUUCGGAACACUGAUUUUCGAUGAAAUGAAAAUUAACAAUGAUGAUAUUGAUUACAAUCCGCAGAAUGAAAGGACAUA